AUGGCUAAGACUAAGACGACCACACGAAAAGAAUAUCGGCGGUGUCCAAUGUGUUCGGAGCCUGCACGGACAGAGGACGAAUUUAAGAGGCACAUUAUGAUUUGUGCCAUGAGGCUUUUUGAAUGUCCCAUAUGUGAUUUCACAAACAGUAGGGAACUUAACCUCAAAAGACACGUCAAAAGAUGUCACCCUGGAUUGGGACCAAAUGAUGAACCCAUUAAACUGGGCCCAAAAGAACAAAAUAAGGAUCCGGAGAAGGCAGGUUGCUCGUUUGGUGACGAAAACAAAGAUGAUGAAGGCGCAAACGAAGAUUGGUUGGACCAGGACCCUGGUGAAGUUAUAGGCGAGAUUUCCUCUGCCAACUCAUCGAGUAGUAACUCAAGUGAUGAAGGAGAUGAUAUUGAUGAGCAGAAAGAGAAAGAGGAUCCAGAGAAGAUAGAAGGCAAUUUGCUAGAAGGAAGAGUUUUCCGUAAGAAGACUCAGCCAACUUUGCCAUUCACUAGAAAACGACCAAGUUUGGAGGGGAUCCCUGUUCCAAAGAAGACCACUUGUAUGGAUUUUUCAAUCCAGGUUGACAUACCAGGAGUAACACCCGUAGAAAGUAACAGAGUUGACGCUUACACACAGCCAUCCCCAAAGAAGAGAGAAGUUGUGACCAAAACGACAAAGAAGUAUCGUGAAGGAGAGGCAGAUAUCAAGGUCGUUACAAAGGAAAGAUUCAUUUACAAGUGA